AUGGAACAAAAGAAGCUCGAAGAAGCAGCCCAGGAACUACAAGAGCCGCCAUAUACCAUUUUCUCCGAGCGGUACAAAGUUUUCACGGUGAUCAUAGCAUCGUUCGCAGCCUUGAUCUCCCCAAUCUCAGCAAGUAUAUACUACCCAGCUCUGGAUCCACUCGCUGCAGAUCUUCAUGUGAAAGUCAGUACCAUCAAUUUGACGAUCACAGUGUACAUGAUCUUCCAAGGAUUGGCGCCGACAUUCAUUGGCAGCAUAUCGGACAAGAAUGGUAGACGACCAGCAUACCUGAUCUGCUUCUUCCUCUAUCUCUGUGCCAAUAUCGGCCUCGCCUUACAAACCAGCUAUCCAGCUCUUGUUUGCCUUCGCUGCUUGCAAAGCGCGGGAAGCAGUGGUACCGUCGCUCUUGCCAGUGGAACAGCAGCAGAUUUGGUGACUCGAGCGGAGCGAGGAAAAUAUAUCGGUUAUGCCUCCAUGGGCGUAGCUCUAGGGCCGGCACUUGGACCCGUCAUUGGAGGUCUGUUGACACACUUUUUGGGCUGGAGAUCCAUCUUCUGGUUCCUCACUAUCCUCUGUGGUAUCAUGCUGCUGAUCAUGGUCAUCGCAUUCCCAGAAACGAGUCGAAGCGUCGUAGGGAAUGGUUCGAUACCCCCACAGAAAUGGAACGUUCCUCUCAUUCGCCUAAUUCAACAACGUCUAGAACGGUCUUCACAUCAAGAAAUCGACACUCAAACAAUAACACAUCGAUACCGUCGCCCGAACCCACUUGAAGCUCUGUCACUCGCCUUGCAAAAAGAGACUGGCAUGCUACUCACAUUCAGUGCUCUCAUGUACGCCGGUUAUUUUGGCGUGCUCUCCAGUCUACCAUCCCAGCUUGCCAGAAAAUACGAUUUCAACUCUCUCCAAAUCGGCCUCUGCUUCAUCCCUUAUGGGUUUGGAUCUGUUACGUCUCGCUGGACGGUCGGCACGCUCACAGAUCGAAACUUCCGCCGACACGCCAAAAAGCUUGGGAUUGCGAUAGUGAAAAAUCGCCAGCAACGGCUCCAAGACUUCCCCAUCGAGACUGCAAGAUUAGAGAUCGCCCUACCGAUGGUCUAUCUAAGCUGUAUAUGUGUGAUGACUUUUGGAUGGGUGAUGGAACAUCAGACCAACCUUGCAGGGCCACUUAUCACGCUGUUCUUUACUGGAAAUAUGGUAACGGGGUCGUUCAGUGCAAUAAAUACUUUGGUGGUUGAUAUUAACGUGAAGACACCUGCGACUGCGACGGCGGCGAGUAAUUUGUUUCGAUGUCUCUUUGGAGCGGGAGCUGUGGCUGCCGCUGUGCCUUUGAUCGAAAGAAUUGGAAUGGGUUGGAUGGGGACAUUCAUUGCUGCGCUCUGGUUAGUGUUGAGUCCCAUGCUGUGGUGCGUGUGGUUCUAUGGGAGAGGGUGGAGGGAUGAGAAAGCAGCGAAAGAUGACCAGAGGGAGAAGGAAAGAAUGGAGAGGGAAAAAGGCAACGACGUUGAGAAAGUCGUAAAUGUCGCUCAACCCAUGAAUGCGAAGGGCGAAUGGUCUAGUACGGUCCAACUAUCAGGUUCUGCUCAAUCAAGUGCCUCGAAAGAAGGAAAAUAA